UUCAUUUUCUUUAGCCAUUUUUUAAAUGUUCCUUAAGUGUGCCUUUUUUUUUUUAAUCAAAGUUUUGUUUAAGGGAUAAAUUUGGUAUACUUUUAUAUGGUUUUAUUAAGAUUUAAAUUAAUGACUCAGCUGUUUUAAAUUUGUCACCUAGAAGCGGCAUGGUAUCAUGAAUAGAGCAUUGGUUCAAAAUUCAUCUCUGAGAUUUCCUUGAAAUGUGACUAUGGGAGAAUACCAGCUGCUUACCAUUAUGAGGAAGGUUCCUGAAAAUAGCAGCCUUCGGGUACUGAGCCAUGAGGAAGAAGUGGUGGAUUUACUUACAGACUGCCAACUGAAUACCAGUGAAGAUGAGAACAACAACAAUGACGCAUAUGACGGUGAAGUUGAUAGCAAAGUAGACAGAAUUGACGACGACAGUGGUAACAAUGAAAAUGACAACAACAAUAAUGAGAGGAAACAUCAAAAGCUCCUGAAUGUCAUUUGUGGCCUGGGUGGAAAGAAGAGGCUGACAUUAGCUGAGCGGUCAGAGGCUAGUCCACAGGUGUCGGAGUUCAAUGUCAGCACUGAAGGGACAAGGGAGAAGCUGGAACUCACAGAGCUGUUGGCACCCAUCAAGAUUUCUUCCUCACUGGGCACUGUGAAGAAGCAACUGAAGAAUGUCAAAAACAAGAAGACUGUGGAGUUACCCCUUAGCAAAGAAGAGAAUGAACGGAGUCUCAGGGAAGCUGCCUACAACAAAAUUUCCCAAGACAUGAACAAGUGGGACCCAAUAGUCAUGAAGAACCGAAAAGCAGCACAGCUAGUCUUUCCUCUGGAGCAGGAGCAAGGUCUAGAUAUUCCUGUCAAGGAGGUGCUUGAAAGCUGGAAGGUAUCAACUCCUCUGGAAAAGAAAAUUUUUAGCCUCCUCCACAAGGACAAGCGGCCUGUGACCACUGCUUUCUUGACAUCGGAGGAAAAGGCCUCCUUGAGAGCUAUGAGUCUGGAGGAAGCCAAGCAGCGCCGAGCAGAGCUCCAGAAAGCCCGGGCCCUGCAAUCCUACUAUGAGGCCAGGGCUCGAAGAGAGAAGAAAGUCAAAAGCAAAAAGUUUCACAAAAUGCUAAAGAAAAAGAAAACCAAAGAGGUUCUGAAGCAGUUUGAACAAUUGCAUAAGAUCAGUCCCACUGCAGCCUUGGAAAAGCUGAAAAAAAUUGAAAAUGCCAGAAUACAGGAACGAAUGACCCUCAAGCACCAGAACAGUGGCAAAUGGGCCAAGUCAAAAGCUAUUAUGGCCAAAUAUGACCUGGGGGCCCGUAAGGCAAUGCAGGAGCAGUUGAUCAAGAACCGGGAUCUGACCCAGAAACUGAAGGUGCCUUCUGACAGUGAGCACAAUGAAGAUGAUGAAGAAGAUGUUGGGCUCAUCCCUGCCAUUGUGAAUGAAGUGCAGCUGAGCAUUGAUGGACCAAACCCCUGGGUGCAGAAGCAGCAUUUGAAGGACACCAAGAACUCUCCCACCCAGAAGAAGCCUGCUGCCAACGAAGUGGCUCAGUUUGAGGAGGAAGAAGAGGCCACGGCAGAAGACAAACUGCUGUUGCAAGAAGCAGAAGAGAGAUGGGCCUUCUCGAAAAAGGUUGUUCAACAUAAGUCACAUAAGCAGAAACAGACGAUAACCACAACAACAGCACCUAGGAAGACAGAGGAAGAUGAGGAGGUGUUAGUUCAAUUGAGGGACCUCUCUACGCAGCUAAAUCAGAAGGUCAAGAAAAUGAGGCAAAAUGGAAUACAGCCUGUGAACCCUCCUUCAGCUUCCCACAGUAAGCCAAGUGUCCAGAGAGAAGAGCAAGCCUUGCUAAAUGAGAGGCCGGCCAGGACAUUGGAGGAGGAUCUGGAGGCUUUGGUUACAGAGGAAGUUGGCCAAGAACAGGCGCUCCUAAAGCCGGUAAUGGAAAGGCAGCAUUGGACUCACUCUAACCAAAAGAGUCCUCAGAAGAUGAAUGAGGAGCCCAUGACUGGCCUGCACACUAUCAUCAGUAUGAAGGCUCACAUUGAGAACUCCUUUUUAUCAAUCCCUACCUUUGUAGAACAGGAGGACUGUGAUGAGGACAUAACCCAAAAGCAGCUCAUAAAAGAGGCCUUUGCUGGGGACGAUGUCAUCACUGACUUCCAGAGGGAGAAACGAAAAACUGAGAAAGCAAGUGAACCAAAAGAUAUUGACCUGAGCCUGCCAGGCUGGGGGCAGUGGGGUGGUCCAGGCCUGGUGAUCAGUGCCAGGAAGAGACGCCGAUUUCUCAUCAAAGCCCCUAAAGCUUCUCCAAGAAAAGACAAGUGCUUGCCAAAUGUGGUCAUCACCGAGAAGCGGAACGUCCAUGCAGCAGCCCACCAGGUUAAUGUGCUUCCAUUCCCGUUCACCCACCCAAAUGAGUUUGAACAGACCAUCAAGACACCAGUGGGAACCACAUGGAACACACAGAGGGCCUUUCAGAAGCUGACUGCACCCCAAGUGGUAACCAAGCUGGGCCAUAUCAUUGAGCCUAUUAAGGAGAAUGAUGUCAAGUCCUCUCCUUCCCACUUCAAUCUUCCAAAUCUGUAGAAGAAAGGACAUCAGUACUUAACCAUAGGAAGAGAGAGCUAAAGAAAUUUGUUUUAAGUCUUACUGCUCAACCCAAGCCCAGGAGAACUUGGUACUCAUUCCCUGGGACUUCAGAAACAGUACCUUGGAUGGUGACAAUAGCUCCUUCUGAAAAUAAAACAAACCUUGCAACUCACUGGAACUCAGUGUGUCAUAUCAUUUUCCAGUCAAUUCCCUUCUCCCUUUGCCAUUGGACAGAUCUGCUGAAGGAACUCCUGCUCUUUGCUGGGAGCUUAUUAGAUGGCUGAAUAGGGACCAAGUGGGGCAAGAAAAAUCAAGAAUGCAAAGCAGAUUUAAUAAUAUCUUCCAUCCAUGUGGACAGCAUUGAACUGUUGACAGCAUUUUUAUAGCCAUUCUCAGACUCACUAGAGGAGGGGGAGAGGUAUCAGUAAAAGUACCCCCAAAGUCUAGACAGCUUAUUCAUGCCACUGGCUAAUUUUGGGAAAUUCCCUUCCCCUCUCUGAAUUUCACGCACUGCAUUGGAAAAUGAAGGGGGGCCAGUUGGAUCAGGGGUUCCUAACUUGGGGUCUGCAUGAAUGUGGUGGGAAAUGCAUUUCAAUAUGAUUAUUUCCCUUUGUGCAUCUGGAAAUAUUCUGAGAAGGGAUCUACAGGUUUUAUCGGAAUGCUAAUGGGGCUCAUGAUACCCCCAAAAGUCAAACCUGGUCGGUAGCUGAUCUCUAAAGACUAUGAGCACUAAUGUUCUAGGAAUUGGAAACAGACCUAGGGGAUGGUAAUCUGCCCCAAGUGGCACAGUUAGUACUAAACCUCGGCCCUGGACUUGGCACUGAUUCCUCCCAUUUCCACUUAAGUUCUCCAGUGCGGUUUUAGAGGAACUCCAGGUUUUAUCGUCCAGUUCAUCUACACUCUUGGAGAUAUGUUAAGUGGAUGCCUCCAAAGGCUAAUCCUAGAACUUUGUGAUGCUGGAGCAAUUCUUUCCAGAUCUUCCAAAAGGAAACAGAACUCUCUGCAGAUCCCUUUCCUUGCCCGUAGGAGGAAUACUGAAUUUUAUGAUAUUCUCUGCCCCUGGGGCAUUACAGAGAGUGGGGAGUCACCCACCCUCAAUGAGGCAGCUCUGCUCACUUCUGUACUUGGGUUUCGGAUUGACAAUUAGUUAAAGACCAGAGCUUCCGAGAAGUUGGGCAGACUUGUGUCUUACUGCAAGUUCUUUUAUGAAUGGCCCCUGAGGGAUGGCCAUGAAGGGUGCACACAGGCCUUUUGCUGUGUCUCCUGCAAAUGAAGAGAAUUCCUCACAGUAGAGGAGCCCUCAUGUGCAAGUAAGGGAGGUGGGGACAGUUCCUACAUUGCACAAUGUUUCACAAUGUCUGCUAGGUGAAACCUGUGACAAACCAGAGGAAACAGUUUCUGGUGCUAAGAAACUGGUGCCAACUAAAGAUAGCAAAACCUUCCUUGUCUCCAGAGGAUGUGGGACAGAUUAUCGCUACAUUUAGUCUCCUCCAAAAGGCUCUUCCUACUGAGUGUAUCUACCUCCCCUCCAGCAACCCUAAUUAAGUACUUACUGUGUGCCACGUACUGUGCUCCAGCACAGAGAAUACGUGAAAAAAGGACAAACAGCAAAUUCAGCUCCAAACUCUGUAGUCAUCCUGGUCUCUGCCACUUCACCUUCUCUGGUCCCUUCCGCCAAUCUGGCCUCCUCCCCCCAAAAGAGGUGACUCCUAAAUUAGUCCAGUGGAUGUUGAUGUCUAAAUUUUUAUUUGAUCCACAUGUGUGAUUCUGUCACUUAUGAGGAACUCAAAAGUAUAAGAACUUACUUCUUUGAUGCUGAUUACAGCUCUUCUACAAAUUGUGGUAUGAAGGUUGCUUAGGUCACUGAAGUAGGUGAGGACACUGUUAUCAAACCAGGACUUUACCCCACAUCUUCCUGAUUUUUAAGGUCCUCCUUCAGUUGGGAUUGCUACAUUUGCAUUUAUCCAUUUGUGACUUCAUGGUUUGUUCCAAACAGUGGUUUGUUCACACAGCAGUGUGAUGCUGGCCUCAUUUGUCCAGUGGCAAGGAAACUGGAUAUGAAGUCGGGAUCUCACAUUCAAAUCACAUUUCUGAUAUUUACUACUUGUGUGAUUCUGAAUGAGUCACUUUCCAAAUACAGAUCUUAGCUUUCUGAUUUGUUUAAUGAAGCCAAUGGAAUAAAUGAUCAUUUAAGGUGAAAAAAAAAAAAAAAGGAAAUGUGACUAUGGG